GUUUUUGGGGGCCGGUAGGAGCAGGAGGCAUCCAGCAGGAAGGGGAAGGACAUGAAAGAGAGUGAGGUGAUUGAAGGUGUUGACUAUAAAGAAGGAAACACCAUGACGGGGAAGAGAGACGAUGUCAAUGCCUUUCGGCCAAGUGCUCCAUAUUCUACGGGCACUAUACCAAGACAUGGUAACAAACCACCAGGAGCUGAUUUUGAGGGAUUGUACGAAUAUGAUUCAACAAUUCCCUCAGCACCGCCUCUGGACCAGAUGGAGCAAGUUACUGGAUACGAGACCAUAUCUUUCAAUGCAGUUAGUGUACCUCCACCAAAGCCGUUACCAUCAUCGAGAGAGAUGUGGUGGGAAGACGUCUUGAACCAUUCAUCUCAACCAGCACACCCAAGAGUGUCUGAGAAGAUGGCGCGUCAAGCUCUUCUGGAGCACGUGAAGAAUCAUUGGUGCUACGGAGAGGGCGCUGCAAAGAACAUGGCGAUAACUAAACUCAAAUACUCGUCCGCAUUCCAUUACGAGCUACAGACUUUCACAGAAAAACGUGAAACAUCCUGGAAAUUCAUUCCAUACUCUGGAGGUGAUGUAGAUGGUGCUGAGAAUGGACCAGCUCCUCUGCCAUGGGACAUUGAUUUACGGCCUUCUUGUUUGUUCAAGAAUGAAGAGAAGUUUAUUACAGUGCCUCACACUUCUUCAGUUAAACCAUGCCAUCGUUGCAAAACGACUGGUCACGUCGUAUGUACUGAAUGCUAUGGCAAAGGAUGGGUUCGCUGUCAGAUGUGCAAUGGAUAUGGAUACCGGACCCAUUCAGAACAGAGGGAUAGGUGUAUCAACUGUUCUCUCUCCCACAAUGGACCUGGUCGACAAGACUGCUUUGAGUGUGAUUCAAAAGGAAAGCUGACAUGUUCGGCAUGCGACAGUUAUGGCCAAAUUCAAUGCUCCAUUCAGCUCACCGUCACUUGGAAAGUGAACACUUCUGAGCAUAUUGCGGAGGAUAUGGCAUUGCCGGAACAAUUGGUUCGCUUUGUGUCCGGGCAGGUUGCUUUUGAAGAGGAAGGUCCGCAAGUGGUUCCGUUACAGGGGUUUCCUGAUGAGGCAAUCAAUAUGGCUUCUGCGCAACUUGUGCAAGAUCAUCUAAUGAAAUACCAGGACCAAAGGAUACUGGCUCAGGAUCAUUAUUAUGCCCCGUCUCUCUUACGCAGUACACGUGUCCCAUGAAACAUCUAUCAGUCUGUGGGUGGUCAUUCAUCAGCUUAAUUGGAAUGAAGAAUGUUGUACAAAUAUAUAUUCAAAUCUCAGCCAUUACUUAGUUAUUUUGAAUGGAAAUGGUGGAAAAUCGAAGGAACGUGCAGAUUAAAUAAAAAUAUUUUAAGUGAUGUGAAGUGAAUUAGCUACGUAGGAAUGGUACGCUACUCAUGUCUAGCAUACUUUGUGACAUAAUGUACAUACGUUUUGCUUACUGUUCAAAAUGACUUAAUGUAUUUUUUAUUUUAAAUAGGAUUUGACAUUUCCGUGGCUGUGAAUUCAAAGAUGGCCGUCUUCUGGGUUGUAGCGCUGUGUAUUCCAUCAUCACCCUGACGAUUGAGGUGACAAGGACCGCUGAACUUCUACCAGACUACAUGGUGCUACAACCCAGAAGACAGCCAUCUUAAGCUUAUAUUAAAACAGCGUAUGUUGCUUUUGUUUGUUUUCAUAAUUGUUUUGUAUGAGAGCAGCAGAGUUCAUCUUAUGCCUGCAGUUUGUCCUGAUACACCAUUGUUAUUGAGUAUCUUUACACACCUUUAAGAUCUAUUGCCUUAAUAUUUGAUUUUGAUUAAUAGGAAGUGUUUUAGCAUUAAGAUCUAGUCUUAAAUUUUUAUCAGAUGAAUUAGAGGCAGCUUAGCGACUGCCAGCCGUGUAGUGAUUUGUGGAGGUAAAUGAAGACAUGAUGAUGGGACCAUAGAUCUGAAUUUAGUGUUUUGAAUUGAACAUUCAGCACUCACGUCAGUCAUGCACAUCCGUAAUUUUUAAUCUUCCGUGCCUGCAACAUGCACCACCCAACUUAUCCUCCUUGAUUUUAUCUCUUAAGACAUUUUAAAGAAUUCAUCCAUGUCUAAGGCCCGGAUAACAUUUUGUAAUGUGAGAGUUUUUAUGGUUGUUAGCCCUGACUCAAUUAUCAAGUUGGGGAAUUUUUUCAUAUUGGUUUUUGUUUGUUGAUUACGUAGCCACUUAUUCUGAAACUAAGUUUUAAUAAGUGUAAUAUAUGUCAGUGAUG